GCCGGAUUGCCAGAUGAGUGUUGUGGUUUUUCAAUCUCUUAUUUAGGGGAGAAAUAAGAAAAUUUCCUGAGCGGUUCAUGAAGUGUAGAGUAGAAAAUUGAAAAGUCCUGAAUGAGCAUUUACACCGUGAUAAAGGCAGUGAAGAUGCUUUAUCAAUUGGCGUGGUAUAUUUUCUCGUUUAUCUGUCAUCUGUGCAACAUCCUGUGGAUUCUCUACAAUGUGACACUGGCUGGGAUUCCUUGGCUGACAUUCGUCAUCCUCUGCCUCUGCGUGGCUUCCUUCUUCGCCCGGCUGCCCAGUCCCAGUGCCAAGGUGUUGGCCGCAAUCCUGGGCGAGAAGCCAGGGCAGCUGCACUUCCCGGUUGUACAUCGCGGAGGGGCUUUUGAUACGCCGGAAAACUCCUUGGCGGCGCUUAAGAAGUGCGCCACUCUCAAUAGUCCACAAGUACUGCUGAACCUGGACAUGACUGCCUGCGGAGAGUUGGUGAUUCUGCACAAAUCCACUCUGCAGAAAGCUGGCCACUUUGCCCAGAUUGACAAGAUAAAAUUCGAGUCGCUGCAGAACUUUAACAUCUCCGAACAUCAUCCGCUAGCCAGCCAAUUCCCACCAGAACGCAUCCUCACCCUGGCGAAUCUCAUUCCACAGGUGGAGAGACUCAACUUGACGGUUUAUCUGCUCCUCGCGGAAAAUUCCAGGAUCGUUCCUGCUCUCAAGCAAACUAUCGCGAAGAAUGAGAACUUCCCGCGCCAUCGCAUAAUCUUCUGCAGCAAAUCCCCUCUGGAUAUCUACCAGUUGAGGAAGCAAUUUUCCGACUUGAUUUGCGGCUUGUGGCUUGUGAGAAUCGAACCGCCAAAGUUCGUUCCGGGAUUCUUUUCAUCCCUCUUCACGUCGCUUUUUGGUGCUAUUAUUCGCAAUGUGAUCGUGCCGAUGAUUGGAAUCAGCGUGGCGUUUGUCGACAAGAACGAGUUCAAUCAGCAAAUGCUGGACUUGUGGCGAAAUGUGGCUGUGCAGCCGAUUGUGUACACAGUCAACUCGCCAAACGAGAAGCGAUACUUUCAGCGAGCCAUGAAAGUGCAAUAUCUCACCGAUUCCCUUCGAUCCGAGCCUGAUCUGCUCAUCAGGCAGGAAGUCUCUUAAAUGUCUGUUUGCAGCUUUUCCGCGAUCUCUUCUCUCCUCUUCUACAGCAGGACGACUUAGCAAUAAAGGCCAGUAAUAACAUUUUCUACAAUUAGGGCUUCGUAGAGUAGUUUAAGGCAGUGUUUCAAACACCAAAGAUUUCGAACCAUUUCGAAGAGAGAUUUUUUUUAUUUAUUUUCACGCAAAGUAUUACAUGUUGUCUCAAGAAACAAGGCAUUUCUCACCGAACAAUGUAGAGAUUUAAGUUUAGCGUGUAAGAAGUGAAAUAUACAACACUUAAUU